GGGAAAAGCAGCCCGAGUCAGCACGGGUCAGCACGGGUCAGGACGGGUCAGGACGCGGAGUAGUUUGUCAGCUCAGGACUGUGUCAGUCGAUGCCAUGCAGCCACACGGCUCUGAUAGCUGCUUCGUGUUGUGAAGCGCUGUAGUCAGACCGCACCCUGAUCUGUACGAAUUUGCCACAUCUCGUGUUCAUUUCGGAGAGAGUGAGUCAGCUCUUCCCUGCCUGCUGGACUCCUCUAUUAGUGACAGCAUUAUGUUUCAUCGAGUUUGCACUUUGCUGUUAUCAUUCCCAAUCCGAUCAGAACCAGGUCCACUGAAGCAGCUGGCCCUGGCUGUGCCCCGCUCGGUUGUGAACGUGGUUCUGUUUCGCUGCCUCUCCACGCGGAACGAGUGGAAAUCCAGAGGCGGUGCGGCCCGGGAGAGACCGGGAGCGGACCGGAGGAAUGGAUCACUCCAGCUGGAAGCGGAGGAUUUGGAGGAAGCAGAAGAGAGACUGGAGGAAGAGAUCAGCGCUGACAGGAGAAGACAAAGAGCGAUGCGGCUCCAGAGAAUUCGGAAAGAGUUCCAGCCCCCAGGUCCACCAGAAAGGAGGCUGACCUGGGAAGCCAUGGAGCAGAUCAGGUACCUGAGACAGGAGUCCCCCGAGGAGUGGACAGUACCUCGGCUGGCUGAAGGGUUUGACGUGAAUCCUGACGUCAUCAGAAGGGUCCUUCAGAGUAAAUUCGCACCCCCCUUAGAGAGAAAGGCGAAGCAGGAUGCCAGGGUCCUGUCCAAAUUAGGGCUGAAGUCUUUGCCAAGCGGAGUGCAGAGAGACUCAAAGGUACCAGAGCUGUCCAGCGGGCAAAAUGCCAUGCUGCCGGCACCAAGAGUAAUGAAAAACACAAGCAGCCAGGCGAGCGGUGGUAGUCUUGCCGUUCGACAGGAUUCAGCAGAGAGAGGAGGGGGCCUGUUGCCCUUGGCUGCUAACUUCACGGUGCCCAGCAGUGCUGCCCUUCAGAAGGCUGAAGGUUCCGGGGACUCCCCAACCCUGCAUUCCAGAGAAAUCCCCAAGCCUGAGCAUUCCGGGGAGAGACAGGGCUGUUCCACUGAGGAGGAGGAGGAGGGGUGGAGUGGAGAGGUGCUGACUGACCAGGAGCUGGAAAGACUGGCUGAAAGCACACCACAAAGCAGCGUGGGGGUGGUUCGGAAGGGGAAUGAGUUUUAUGACAGCGAAGGGAACUUUCUGUACAGGAUCUGAAUUAGCACCAGUUCACAUAAAAAUUAAAAAAAAACAAUUGUAAUUUGAGAUUUAUAUUGGAGGCACACGUGUGCCACACGUUAAAUUUGAGCUGUCACUUGAGAAGGCCUGUGAUGAACGUUGGUACAGACGUGCCUCGGCUGAAGUUCUUGAUGUUUGGUCACUUCAGCAGUUGUGUCCACAGUCCCUGUUCUUGCUGCACAUUACCUUGCUGUUUGACCUUGUGACCCAGUGAAAGCGGCACCUGCAAUAUAUUAUUUAGGCAGACUGUAAGGUGUCGUGACAACCCUUAAGGCCAAUGAAAUACUCCGGGAUGGGAAGAAGACCCCUAUUGCAUAGCAGUUUCACCCAGCUCCACGUUUUAAUACAAGCUUGAUGAGCCACAGUGUAUGGGUAACAAGCUCCGGUCUUCAACUGAACCCAGGAGUGGAUCAAACUGCUAUGCAAUGGGAGUCUUUGAUUGCCAUUCCUGCAUACUCCCUGCCCCCCAACUCUGAAGGAAGAGCUUUCUACCUGCAGUCUUCUAGCUCCAGACAUCUUGUUCCCAAGGGAUCAGAUCCAGUAUCGUGUGGAGAGCGAUGCACUGUCAGUUAAUCUGCAGCCCACGCUGCUCUCAGGCCUAGCGCUCUUUUCAGAUUUGUGUUCUAGCUUGUAAACUGUUUCACUGGCUGUCUAAUAAACUCGAACAGAUUUUCUUUAGUACUGUUUGAUGUGUAUUGGAUUCCGCACCCCCAUCUUUAUUUUGAAACUCUCAGCAAACUUUUUAAAAUGACAUUGUCUUUAUUAAUGCAGUAGCAGGGGAACAACUCUUGCAUUGCAAUGAAAAGAAAAGAAAGUACUGUUAAGUUUAUUAUUUUUAAUCACAGUUCUUAUUACUAUUAAUACAGUGUAAACCAAACAUUUUCAAAAUAUACAGAAAAAAUUUAAGUUAGAGCAAUCCUUUGACAGCCCGGCACUGAAGUCUACAUGCAGCACUGGAACAGAGAGAGCUGUCCUCGUUCAGACGCUGUGUUACAUCCUUCAGAGCAAGCCCGCGGUACCAGCGCCAUCCACCGCCGGUACGACUUCAAAACGAAAUUCACAUUGCAAGGCUUGCUUUUAAUUUAACGAGAGCAUCGCUCACGGCUGGAUCUCAGACACCAGCUGCAAGCUCUUCCUCUGUGUUUACUGACAGAGGCAACCAAGCAUGGCCAGUUCCACAAAGCGUGUCAAGAGUGACCCUCCAGUGGUGCAAGCAGCCCCUGACCCUACUGACCCCAUUGGUUUGCAAUUAGGACCCAAACUUUCCUGAAAUGCUCACCUCUCAAACCACCAGGGGGGGGAGGGGACUGACCAUCUCAAAUUUACAGAUUUGAGGGUACUUGGCUGGUGUUCCUCUAACCCUCUACGAUUCCCCCAGUGUUCGGAUUUCAAUGCAUGCUUGGAUUUCCGAUUAUAAAGAUUUUCUUUUGGCGCUCUGAAUUUAGAAUGUGCGAUGUUCGAUCAUUCUAAAGCUGUUCCGAAGGAAAGCACCUCUGGGUUAAGCUCAGAGCUGCAGCCUGUUUGUCCCGGUUGGUCCUUUCUGUAUUUUAUGGCUAACGACAGGAUUUUCGGCUCAUUCGGAGGUAGGGUUUGUAAUCUCUACCACAGUAUUGUAGUUUUGUUUCAACACUACUGAAAAAGACUAUUCGUGCAUUAAAAAAACCCAUACUGAAGUACAAGGCUGCUAGUUAAGUUUAUUUAUCUUUUUCAAGCCUACAAAAUCAGGAUAUAAAACAACAUUAAUCCACCACAAAACUAGUAUUCCAUUCUCCUACCCCUAGUAAAUUCACAAUGCAUUCAGCACUGCUGGAACAUUUUGUAAGACCCAAACGUCACAUGCAAAUCCAAGACUAGUCCUCCUAGGGGGUCCUUAACUCGCCAAGUAUUCACUGGGGGCUGUUCAGCUUUGCACAGGUUUAAGACUCUCAGCAGCUUGUAAAACCUCAUCUAGAGCUUAUUGAGACAGAGCCUUUUAAAAAGCUGCUCCUCUGCCUGCAGCGAUGCCUCCUCCAUGUUAAGGUUGUACUCGGAGGAACAGCAGACACUGAUGCUGCAUUUGUUCUGCAGGUUUGUUGUUGCCGGACACUCUCUGCUUUAUUGCUAAGUUCACAGGUGCUCAAUUCUGAUCCUCCUCACCAAGGGUCAAAAAUAAGAACCGGGCUGCAGAAUAGUUUUGAAAACCUGACUUGGGCCAGGAAGCUUUUCCCAAACACACACACAGAGAUAGAGACACACAACAUUUUACAAUCUAUUAAAAAAAAAAAAAAAAAAAAAAACACACAAAUUAGCAUACCUCCAGAAUCGAGUGCUUUACUGGCUGGUUCAAAGUGUCAAAAAGACUCCUUCAAAUGUUUGCUCAAUCAAAAAUUGCGUUAGUAAUCAUUUCAAACGUUAUGAUGUUUUAAUGGCUUUGAAAUUCGUAAAAAGCUUUUUGGUCUAAUACCCCCGACUUUCUCUAUCAAUUAAAUGCUUAACUAGAAAAGAAAA